CCCACGUAUUCUGCUUAUGAUAAAUCUCUUGGAAUCUACACCAACCUCGAAAACCGCCAGCGAACGUCUAAUCCGAGAGUUGAGCUUUCAGGAAUCUACCCAAUAUGCCGAUGAAACUCGAAGGAAGUUGCCAAUGUGGCGGCGUAGAAUUCGAAUUACAGUCCAACACCCCCGUACCCUACCAGCUCUGCGCCUGUAGUAUCUGCCGCAAAGUCUGUGGAUACAACGGCAGCGUGAACCUCGGUGGAAUCACAGACACACUCAAAAUUAAGAAGGGGCAGGAAUUGAUCAAAAAAUACAAAGCGAUUAAAAACCGUGGGAAGCCGAACCAGGAGCAAUGCUCGUCGGAGAGAAGUUUCUGCUCGAAUUGUAGCACUAUGUUGUGGCUGUGGGAUCAUCACUGGCCGGAAUUGAUUCAUCCAUUUGAGCCGGCUAUUGAUACCAAGUUGCCGGUUCCAGAUGAGAUGGUUUGUAUCAUGGAGAGCUCCAAACCGGCUCAUGUCCGUUGGCCUGAAGGCAAGAAAACAGUACACAAGUUGUAUAAUGAUGACAGCUUGGAAGGGUGGCAUAAGAAACAUAAUCUAUUCUAUGAAUGAUAUAGGAGCUGUUAGGUAUUGUUCAGGAAAUGAAGGACAAGAUAAUGUCAU